AUGGCCGCCGUUCCCGACACGUCCGACCUCACGACGUCCUCCCAGGUCUUCACCUCCUACACCCUUCCCCAGAUCCGCGCCAUCCACAAAAGCCUUCAUGUUCAGAUCGACGAGAAGGCCGCGCGUCUGCGCACUCAGGUCGGAAACAGCUACCGCGAGUUGCUAGGCACCGCAGACAUCAUCGUACGAAUGCGACACGACAUGAGUGAUGUGCAGAAUACCCUGGGCCAGAUGGGAGGCAUGUGUGGACGGACCGUCGUGGGCGACAAAGUCGCCGGGCUGAGCAAGUUCCGCGACCAUGAAGAGGCUGACGCCGAUAUGGGUCGCGCUGCCAAGGUCAAGCUGCUCCAAGCCUGCGGACUUACUGUUGGGAGGCUGUUGAAGGGCGGCCCUGAGCGCAGAGGAGAGAGAUUGACCCUGGCAGCCAAGAUCUUGGUCUUGAGCCGGCUUCUGAUCAGCAGCUUUGGGGAUUUGAUCACCGAGGACCACUCAGUGCGUGUUGCAGUUGAGUCUGCUAAGAAGAGCUUGGGAAGUAUGCGGAGAAGGUUGCUAAGGAGCAUCGAGAAAGCACUGGACAAGGUUGGCGAGGGAGACAAGCAGGGCGAUAUUAUCAAGUCGCUAUGUGCCUAUAGCCUCGCUUCUAGCUCGGGGGCCAGGGAUGUCUUACGACAUUUCCUCAAUGUGAGAGGAGAGGCCAUGGCACUCGAAUUUGAUUUCGAAGAGCACGGUAGAGAUAGAGGCACAGGCAACGUUUUGAACGCGUUGGACCUUUACACCAGGACAUUAUUGCACGUUCAAGCACUAGUACCAACAAAGCUUGCUGAAGCAUUGGCUGCACUGAAGAAAAGGCCACUUCUCGCCGACGAGUCGUUGCAAGCCGUUGAGGGCCUCCGAUUAGACAUAUACGAGAGGUGGUGUGGUGAAGAUAUACAGUAUUUUACACCAUUCAUACGGCACGAUGACCUUGAUGGCAAGCAAGCCAAAGAUAUGCUCGUGACCUGGGCUAGGAAAGGGUGCGAGGCCCUCUUGCAAGGACUGACCAAGACUCUCGAGUCUAUGACCGAGUUCAAGGCCAUUGUGGACUUACGCACUAAAGUGCUGCAACACUGGAUCAAAGAUGGUGGGAAAGCGAAGGGACUCGAUCCAGCUACCAUGCUCGAUGGUCUUCGAAAGGCCAUCAACCACCGACUUCUGAGCGUUUUGGAUACCAAAGUAGCCAAACUUAGGCUAGUCGGGUCUGAGGUUUCGGCAGCCCUGGAGGCUUGGCGACCCGGAAUUUCCGAUCGCCAUCACAGCCUCUGGGACGAGGAGAUGCUCGACAUGGAUGUGUUAAACGGCUCUGCCCAAAUCACACAUGAGGUCGUCUCGCGCCUCCAUGGAAGGAACGAUGCUGUCUCGAAAGCUGUAACAUGCUACGAAUCGUGGUACCAUCUCAUGGAUGAUGUAGGUGAAAUGGUCAAGCGACUCCAGCGUCAACGAUGGGAUAACGAUAUCGACGAAAUCGAGGACGAGGAAACCAUUGAGGUUCGCCAGACGUUGUUGAGUAAAGAAGACCCACAGAAGAUCCAUGAGCAGCUGAACACUACCCUAGAACAGGCGUUUAAACACCUGCACGAGCAAUUGAGCAGUCUCUGGGACACACAUAAAGAUGGCCCCAAUAAUGGCCAGAUCGCUCAAUACUUCCUUCGAAUUUUGAGAGACAUAAGGAGUCGUUUGCCCCAGAUCAACGAGGUCAAAUCUUUUGGCUUAGACUGCGUCCCUUCGCUGCACGGCAGACUCGCAGCUCAAGUUUCAAGCAGUCCGAUCGAGCUGUUUGAAACCACUGCAUUGAUCAGGAGCCGUGUCACGGGCCGGAGUCUCUGGGAAGGCGAGCCAGAAUUGCCAAGUCAGCCAUCUCCCGACACGUUCAAACUCUUGCGCAAUCUCAUUAUGUCCAUGGGGGACGCAGGCUUGGACUUGUGGACCCCCACAGCCGUCAAAGUUCUGAAAACAGUAUUCAGCGACCAGCUUGCGGGCGUCUGGCGCACGGCUAUUAAAAACGAUACAAGCAUACCUGAAGGAACAGAAGCCAAGCCGGUGGACAAGAUGGAGGUCAGUGGAGACGAGCAAGAGGCAGACGAAACCGUCAAAGAUGACGCGGAGCCUAGCAGCGUGGAAUCGAGCAAAGAUUCGGAUGCGAGAAGAGAACUGCUAGUACAGUGGUUGUAUGAUAUCGGCUUGCUUCAAAUCUGUCUGGGCAUUGACGAUAGUCGGAAUGAGAACCUCGAAAAAUUGGCUGACGAGGUCUUUGAAAUGACGAGCCUAGAAAGUGGUGACAGGGAAAGGAUGGGGAAAUCGGCACAAGGAUAUUGGAAGAGGACGAGCCUGCUAUUCGGCCUUCUUGCAUGA